AUGAGAAUGAUGGCUGGUUAUUUGAUCCUGAUGCUACUGUUUAUGGUCCAGACUGUGAUAGGGGUUAUGGGGAACACCCUUCUUCUCAUAACUUAUGCCUUCCAAGCCUGCACCAGCCUGACACCAAGACCCACACACCUAAUCCUCACCAACCUAGCUGUGGCCAACCUCUUGGUUCUUCUCUUCAAAUGGAUACCUCAAAUGAUACUUAUCUGGGGAGUGACAAACAUCCUGGGAAAUAUUGCAUGUAAACUUGUCUAUUAUAUCCACAGAAUAGCCCGGGGCCUUUCCCUCUGCACUACUUGCCACCUGAGCAGUUUUCAGGCCAUCACCAUCAGCCCUAGAACUGAGGGGUGGAUGAAGCUCAAAGAUACAGGUUUGAAGAACACUGGCUUCUCCUGUUUUCUUUGCUGGAUCUCCAACCUUGGGACAAAUAUCAUUGUUUCUAUAAAGGUUCAUGCCUUUCAGCAUAUCCACAAUUUUACUAAGACACAGAAUUAUGUUUUCUGCUCUUCUAAAAGUUCAGACUUAUCUUCUACUGUAAUCUACACAAUUCUAAUGACUUUCCCAGAUGUUGUGUUCAUGGGACUCAUGGCUGGGGCCAGUGUCUACAUGGUCCUCCUCCUACACAGACACCACCAGAGAGUGAGGCAUAUUCACACCUUCAGCACUUCCCACAGGCUCUCCCCUGAGGCAAAAGCCACUCAGACCAUCUUGCUUCUGGCAACCACCUUCAUUUUGUUUUACUUCAUAAAUUCUAUCCUUACACUGUAUAAUACUGUUUUUUUCACAUCUCUUCCCUGGCUACAGCAUACCACCAACUUUCUGGCUGCUUGUUAUCCCACCCUCAGCCCCCUGAUACUGAUACUUCGAGAUCCUCAAGCACAAAAUUUUUGUUCUUUGAUGGGAAAAGUAAAGUUCCAAACUGCUAGUGGUCCCAUUCACUAUUUUAUUUCUUUUCAUCUAUGA